AUGAGUUUACCAUUUAUAAAUUAAGCUAUUCAAACUAUAUAACAGUUUCCUAUUACCCAACAAACAAAUGAACUUAGAUUAAUUUAUCAAACAUGUUAAUAAUCAUCAAAGUAGUUGGGGAAAUUCAAGAUCGACAACACAUUUUGGAAUCAAGACAUCACCAAAGUAGAAAUAGAAAUCUCCAAAAUAUUACAUGAAUUUGGUUAUCGGGUCAAACCGAAUCCCAUUCAUCAAUUUAACUUUGAUACAUUCCUGCAGAAAAAGGCUCGUCUCAAUAUUACAACUGAGGAUUACAGAGAAGCCUUGCUCUAGUUUUAUGAAAACUUAUAAGCAAAUUUGUGGAUUAGGAGAAAAUACCUAUUGAGACAAAGAAUAGCCCUACUGCACAAUCCAACUGAAGACGUUCUAUUUUACGAUCCAUUAGUUAAAGUUAAAUCAGAUGUUAUUCCCAUUGAGAUGUACUCAACAGUGAAUUUAGAGAGGGUACAUCCUGAUGAGAAUAAGACUCUCGUUGACGAAGAAAUAAAAAUGAUUGAUGAAAAGCUAGUUGAAUAUGCAGAAAUAAGUGAAAAACUAUCAAAUGAACGAAUUUUUGACCCUUCAAGAUUUGACUAAGACAUUCCCUAAAUACAGAUAUCGACGGAUGAUGAUCUCAUCUUUGAGAGAAUGAACAAUAAGAUAUAUUAGAGCAUGCCAUUCAUCACCUAGAAGCAUCUAAAAGAGUAUUACAACUUCAGAUAAAAUCUCAUGGUCAACAAGCUGGAUGAUUUGGACACUCAAAUAUUCAUUGAAAGUCUCGAGUCUACUACUUAGGAGAGAGCUAGUACUGAAUAUUGCAAUAUGUAUUUGAUUCCUGUGACAAUGCCUUAAUUAUAGCAGGAAUUGCAGUAAUUAGCAUACGUGCAGGGAGUAGAUCAAGAUAUCACUGUUGAUAAUGGAGCAUUAUUUUUAUUUGCUAUUGAUAAGCACUUCGUUUAAAAGAUUUAGGAUCAAAGCAAUAAAUAUCUGCUUUUCCUUCCCUACAAUUUGGAUUAGUCUGAAUAAAAAACAAAAAGUUUCUAGCAGCAAACCAUGAACAUACUAAAUGAAUUAAAAGAGGACAAGAUAAGGAAGAAUCAAUAUAGGAUCAGGAGUAGUGCCCAUUGGUUGGACAAUAUUUAAAUUAUUCAAGAGAAGGAAGAAACUGAAAUGAAUUUGAUAUUUAAUCAAUACGAAGACAGUGCCAUCAAUUCUUGGAUGAAGUUCUUGUUGUAUCAUGAAUCUGAUAAAAUUUAGGAUAAAAUCAAUAAGGAUGUGUCUUUAGUUCAAGAGAAGGUGUAAUCUACUCAUUUUCCAGAGAUCUACUUUUAAUUUUUCCUCAGAUAUUAGAAAUUGCUGUAUUUGGAAUCAAGAGAGUCUCUAAUUUAAAUUAUGCAUUGCUAUAAUGUAAUGAGAACAAUGCAGAAGAACUUAAACAUAUAUUUCAUAGAUUUACACCAAUUGUCUAGUUAGUUGACAAAGGAGAGAAUAUAAAAGAAAUAAUAAAACACUUUGAAUGCUUUUAUAACAAGUUUAGAUUCUAAGGAUACGAUACCUUAGGAGGAUACAUCAGCAUAUUUUUGUGAGGAGAAGAUCCAGAGAAAUCACAAUCUCUAUGAGGUGAUGGAUGGAAAUGGACACAAAAUUAUUCACGAGAUCGUGUUUAAAGAUGUAGCUCAAUUGUUGGAUAAGAUAAGUCAUAUUAGUGCAUUUACAUUAUAGUUUACUAAUAAGAUCGGGGAGAAGAACAGUCAUUCAGAUUCCUAAUAGUUGAAUAGAUUCUUGGCAGUUAAAGAUUUGCUUUAAGCUGAACUUGAUUAUAACAAUGCAAAAUGUAAGAUAUUGCAAAUUGUGUUCCCUCUGUUAUCGAAAGCGAGAGUGUCAGAAUUGGCUAAUGCUGUCAGUAUCCUAGCAAGAUUGAUCCAGUAAUAGCCAUAAUUUAGAUAUGACUAAAAUGUGCUUAUUCAUUAUUCAGAAGCCACUAGGAGAUUGAAUCUAUUGAGUGACAUAUUCACUAAUACGAAAUCGUUGAAACUCAUUUUGAAAUUGUUCUCUAUCAAAGACAUCAACAUUUUGGAAUAAACUUUGAAAUACAUCAAAAGAGAUAGAUUGAUUGACAAGGAGUUCCCAUACAAAUCAUUUUAUAAGGAUUCCAUUUUGGAUUCCUAGAACAAUCUAUCUUAAAUUCUGAAACAAUUACCAGAAGAUGGCAAUUUUAAUAUUUUUUCACUUUUAGAAUUUCUGUUGUUGAGGAGGAGAUUUUAUAAGUUAUCCUUGAGAAUUUAUUACCUCAGCAAUCUUUAUGGAUAGUAGAUCAAGGAGAGAGGUUUAACUAAUAAGAUGAUAUAAAAAUUAGAAGUAAUUCCAAAUAGAGUCAUCGAUGAUAAAAAUUUCGAUGUCUUCACAAUCGUAAUGGAUGAAUACCUAAAAAUUGGGAAAGAAUGCCAAUAGAUUGAAUUGUGGACGACCUUUGCUGCAGACAACUAUAAAAUGAUUGAUAUGCUCAUGCCUCUCAAAUCCCUAUUGCUUCUGGACUUCUAUCUAUUUAAUGCAAUCAAAAUUAAUAGGAAACAAACACAUCACUUUGUGGAUAUUAUUGGAUUAAAGGAAAAGUUAGCAUUGCAAGCUUAAUCAAUUCAGAGGAAAGCCAACAUCAUGUAGAGCAGUACAGCUGCAUCUGACCAAAACAAUCAGGACAAAUUAAAAUAGACAGCCAUAAGUAUGAUCUCUACUCAGUUUAGAGGUUCAUUAUUAGUUAAAAACUUUGUCAACAAAAUACAACAAAAUCAGUCUACUGCCUUAUAGGAAUUCAACAAAUUACUGACAUAACAAUGUCAAUCAUUAGUUUUCACAUUGCAAGCCUUGGGACAAAGAGACCAAAUGAUUCAAUUGAAUUAGCAAUUGCCAUUCGUAAAGCCAUUAUUUACAGAAGAGCCGUUCCUAAAUGAAAUGAAAUAAAUCUAAAACCCUUUCAUUAUCCACAGUAUCCCUUCAAUAAUGAACAUCAUUAACUUCAAGGAUUUUGACUCUAAACCUUCAAAUCCUGAAGUCGACAAUUUGGGAGAUGAGGAUUGGGUAACAACUACUCGAUUAAAAUUAGAGAAAAAUGUUAGUCCUUUGUCUGCUAAUAGAAAGCAACCCAAAUUCAAAAGUUCAGGCAAUCCCUUCUCCAACAAUACUAAAUUCCAGGAGCCUAUAUCUGGGUCCUAGUAAUUGGCAUUGCAAUUGGUCCAGCUCUUAAUUGGAGUGUAAUCAUGCAAUUGUAACGUUUAGGAUCUGAUUUAUUUGCAUUAAGGGAUGUUGGGAAUGGAAGAACUCAAACGUAAUCAAUUGAGAUUGAGAAGGGACUUAGAAAGUGUGUAUUAGUAGGUUUAAAAGUAUAAGGACAAUAUUGCGAAAAUACUGUUGAGUGGAAAUAUUUAGAAUAUGAAUCUAACUAUUAUGACCUACCUGGAGAAGUUGAUCAAGCGAUUUCACUUGCUGAUUACUAUUACAAUGAUAUCCUCAGUGCAUCAAUUCAGAAAAUAGAUCUAAGAUAACAGUGAAAUCUAUCCAUAAAUAAUAUCUACCUUAAGAAACGCAUUGAUCACAGGUUGUUUUAGAAAUAUGAGUCAUGUUGAAAGGUUGAUGGAAUAAGCACCUAAAGUGUAUCCGUCUAUCUAAACCAAAAAGAUCAUAAGCGAUAAAAUGAUGCUACUGAAGUACGCUUUUGGAUCUUAAUUUGUAUAGGCUCAUUAAACCAAUCCAAACAAUGUUCAUAUGCCAUUGCAGGAGUUUCGUUUUGAAGAUUUUUACACACAAUUAUCGCCUUAUAUGAUUCCCUCUUAGCAGAUCUUAUUCAGAACCUAGAAAAUCAAUUAUAACGUUGAGUCUUUCUUAUCGUCUGUAGUUGAUCUAUUUCCUAUAGCAAUGGCCAAUUUAUUCACGCUGUUUCCUCAAUCGAAAUUGAUAUAUUACUCAACAAUAUAGGAUUUGAUCAUAUCAGAAUCAGAAUCAAUUUUGAGAGACAAAUGCAUUUUUGAAGUGGAUGAUCUGUUUAAAUAUGAGAGAGCAUAUAGAAAACUCUUGGUGCUAUAAUUCCGCUACUUGCUGUUGUCAGAGUUCUUUACAGUACAGAAACGAUAGAUUCUGCCCUUCUCCUCAGAUACUAGUGAUCCCUGUACGUAAUGGCUUGAGAAUUGCGUGGAGUUGUGUGAUAAAAAUAUGCAUAAACAAUAGUUGAAGGCUGGACUCUUGUUGAGUGCACUUCCAGGAGUUAACAAAUAAGUUAAUGAAUUUAAAAAGGGAUCAAAGACAACUAGAAUGAAUUAUGAGCCAUCGUAGGAGAAGUUUUCAAUUCUACCGAGAUUGAGAUUGGAGAGCUUUGAAAACCAAGUGUUUCAGUUGAUUUCAAUGAUGAUCGGAUGUCAGGCCAUAUUCCAGGAGGAAGGCAAACAGUAUUAUCAACAGCUAAACAAUCAACUAAAUAAGAUGGAUUAGCCUUAUUAGGUGGCUAAGCAAUUGAAUGUGUUCUACAGUAAUUUAGAAAGGGACUCCUUGAAAAUAAUGACAUUGAAUAAGGGAUACGCACAUGUGAUAGCUGACAGCGAUUUAGAUAAGCAUUUGAAUGAUUUCAAUAGGAGAAUGCUGGAUUUCAAUAAGGCAAAUUACCCAAGUCAUGUGAUUAUUGAGAAUGAAUCAUUGCAACGAAUGUACAAUUAAAAGUCAAUCGAACUGAGAUUUGCGAUGAAGAAGAUUAAGUUUUACGAGUCCAAUAUCAAUCACAUCGUAGAGAGUUUGGUUGCGUAGAGGACGAAUGAUUUGAUCUUUGAGAAUGACGCAUUGAAAUAAUAGAUUGAGUAGAUGAUGAAGAGUUUUGACAUUGAGAAGUAGAAACAGAGAGACAAGAUUAAGGAGGAAUUCUCUGAAUAGAUACGUACUCAAGAAGUGCUUAUACAGUAAAUGUAAAAUCGAUUUUAAGAUUAUAAGAGAGGGAUUUCAAUGGAGAUGACAAAUUUCAUUUAAGAAUAUAAAACAGAUGGACUGAAGAGAGUCAGGGACAAAGCAUCAGAGGCAUUGUUUGGUUAGGUUAACAAAUUGAAUAUUGAUUUGGAUGUAGAGUACCAAAGAGUAGGAGUUUAUGAUAAAUUUAAGGAGGACAGCGAGUAAGUCAAUUCGCUAUUUUCAUCUUUGAAGAAAUUGAGGACCUUCUAUUUGUGGAAGGAGAUGUGCAUAAGGGAGAGAUUUGAAAAGCAAAUUUAAAUAAUAGUGGCAGCCAAUUCAAGCAAUGAGGAGUUGUAACAAAAGAUUCAGUAAUUGACAGAGAAUGUAGAGAUUUUGAAGGAUGAAUUAAUUCAAAAUAGGAAGAUCAUCACAAUUAUGGAUAAUUAGAAUUAGAUUCUGAGAAGGGAUCUUUAGAAAUUGAAGAUUGAGAGGUUUUAGGCUAUGCGAGAGAAAGGUCAAUUGGGAGCAAUAGCCACCUAUUAGGAUUAGGAGCAACAACUGGAGGAGUAGCGGAAAUAAGUGAUUGAAGCCAAGAAGGAGUAACAAUUCAAGAAUUCAAGGCCGAUCACUGCUUCAUCUAUAACGAGAUCAAUAAAGUCAGCGUAGAAGGUGUAGAAGUUGUCAACGACUCAGAGUGUGCCAAAGUUGGGAACAUCUUAGAUGAUGUCGAAUUAGAAGGGAACAUUAACAAUGAAAUAUAAAAUUACAUCUUGA